AUGGGAAGAGCUCCAUGCUGUGCCAAAGUUGGAUUGCACAAAGGUCCAUGGACUACUAAAGAAGAUGCAUUGCUCACAAAAUAUGUUCAAGCUCAUGGAGAAGGUCAAUGGAAAUCACUUCCCAAAAAAGCUGGACUUCUUAGAUGUGGAAAAAGUUGUAGACUUAGAUGGAUGAAUUAUCUUCGACCAGAUAUAAAAAGAGGAAACAUAACACAAGAAGAAGAUGAUCUUAUAAUAAGAUUACAUUCACUUCUCGGAAAUAAAUGGUCACUUAUAGCUGGAAGAUUACCGGGAAGAACAGACAACGAAAUAAAAAACUAUUGGAACACACAUCUCCUGAAAAAGUUGCAAAGAAAUGAACAAACAUCCGAACAUGAUAAUGAAGACCAACAAAGAAAAACCAAGAAAAACAACAACGUUGGUGGCAACAAAAAGAAGAAGAAUAAUAAUAACAAACAAAAGAAAAACGACAAGAAAAAAGGUAAAAGUAAAAUUAAUGAUGAUGAAGAGGAAGACAAAAUUCAAGUUUAUUUACCAAAAGCUAUUAGGAUUAAGGCUUUAACUUUACCAAGAACAGAUAGUGGUUCAUUUACGUUUGAGUCAAAUUCUUCAUCUGAAAGCCAACAAAAACAAGGAAAUGAGCAAGUGACAAACAACAACGUUGUUUGUGAGGUUGGUGAGAUUGGUGAAAAUGACAGAUUUGGGUUCUGUAGUGAUGACCAUGACUUAGUCAACGAUAUUGAGUGCGAAUCAUUUUUCGACACGGGUAACAAUCGUGGAACACUAGAGAGACUCUAUGAUGAAUAUUUCCAGCUCUUGAAUGUGGAUGGUAUUUGCAAUUUCGAGUUUGAUUCUUUUGCUGAAUCAAUCUUUAAUUGA